AUGGCAGGACGAUCUGUGGCUCGUUCUGGUAACAAUAGUGGUCCAAACAAAACUUGUCAAUUUAAACUUGUUCUUCUUGGUGAAAGUGCUGUUGGCAAGUCAUCACUUGUACUAAGAUUUGUCAAAGGGCAGUUUCAUGAAUAUCAAGAAUCGACCAUUGGAGCUGCUUUUCUUACUCAAACAGUAUGUCUAGAUGAUACAACAGUUAAAUUUGAAAUCUGGGAUACGGCUGGACAGGAAAGAUACCAUUCGUUGGCGCCAAUGUAUUAUAGAGGUGCACAAGCAGCUAUUGUAGUCUACGAUAUUACUAAUCAGGAUUCCUUUGCGAAAGCGAAAAAUUGGGUGAAAGAAUUGCAGCGACAGGCAAGUCCGAAUAUUGUGAUUGCUUUAUCAGGAAAUAAAGCAGAUCUUGCGAAUAAACGUGUUGUGGAGUUUGAAGAAGCGCAAGCGUAUGCUGAUGAUAAUGCUCUUUUGUUUAUGGAAACUUCAGCGAAAACUGCAAUGAAUGUAAACGAUAUUUUUCUCGCAAUUGCAAAAAAAUUGCCAAAAGGAGAUGGAAGUGGUGGUGGUCCUUCUGGUCGUGGUCGCGAGGGAAUCGAUAUUGGCCAAGAUGGUGGUGCUCAAAGGGCGAGUUCAGGUUCUUGCUGCAAAUGA